CCCUCUGUGAAACAACACACAGAACCGUCCAGACAACCAGGUGGACCUCCGGCGCAGGGGGCAUCCGAAAUGAGAGUAGGCCUUCUACACAGUGGACCGAGAAGCAUUGCUCAACAAUUUCGAGCCUGGAAUGGAUACAUGACUGUAAACAGGAAGAGCUCAGGAAUGGAGGAGACUGUUUGGGAGCAGCACACUGUGAACCUACAAAGGGACUCCAAGAUGGGGUUCGGUAUCGCCGUGUCGGGGGGACGGGACAACCCCAACGUGGAUAACGGAGAGAUGUCAAUCAUCGUGUCAGACGUCCUACAGGGUGGACCAGCCGACGGACUCCUGUUUGAGAAAGAUCGUGUGAUCCAGGUCAACUCCAUCCUCAUGGACAACGUGCCUCAUUCCUUCGCUGUGCAGCAGUUACGCAAAUGUGGGAAGACCGCCAAGAUAACGGUGAAGAGACCUCGGAAGGUGGCUAUCCACUCCCUGAAGCACCCCCCCUCCCCCGGCGGCGAAAGUCGAGACUUCGGCACCAUCCGUUACUACGAUGCCGAUGACAACCAGAGUGACGGGGGCUGGCAACGUGGCAAAGGUGGGCCCGGUUUCACCCACGAGCCUCGUGACCUCACCCCCGACAACAAGAACUACCUGGACCCCGACUACGGCAGCCGCGGUAAUCGGGGGAGGAGCCGGGGGAGGAGCCAGGAGAGGGCAUCGCCGAGCCCCGAGCAUCGCCGCGACAACAGCAAGGGGCGGGCCUUGGACCGGGAGCCGCCCAGUCCCGAGAGGCUGCGGUAUCCACGGGAACGCAGCCGGGGGAGGAGCACGGACCGGGAGAGAGGAGGAGGGGGAGGAGGGAGUCCAGGUGGGAGGAGCUACGGCCGGGACGACAGCUACGAGCGUGGAGGGGGGAGGUACGGGGAUGUGGGAGGUACUGGAGGGAGGAUUGUGAAGAGUAAGAGUAGAGACCAACUCCAGGAGCCUUCCUCCCCGGACCUCCCAAGAGGAGGAGGAGGCGGAGGAGGAGCUAGAGACUUGGAGCCCCUGGAGAAACCUGUUAACGUCCUGCUGGUCAAGAACAGACCCAACGAAGAGUACGGUCUGCGCCUGGGCAGUCAGAUCUUCAUCAAGGAAAUGACCAGUACAGGACUGGCUACCAAGGACGGAAACUUACAGGAGGGAGACAUCAUUCUCAAGAUCAAUGGGACAGUAACAGAGAACCUGUCUCUGAACGAUGCAGGGAAGCUCAUUGAGAAGUCUAGAGGAAAACUCCAGCUGGUCAUCCAGAGAGACCGGAGACAGAUCCUCAUCCGUAUCCCGCCCCUCGUCGACUCUGACUCCGAACCUGACGAUAUUUCAGAGAUGGAGUCCUACCAUUCCUACUCUCCCCAGGAGGACAGGAGAUCUCGCCACUCUGACCUCUCCUCCCAUUCCUCUAAUGAGAGAGACUACCACAGACCACUAACCAGCCUGGAAGACUCUCCAAGGGUAGCCAAGAUGUCUGCCAUGGCCUCACCUUUCAGGGUUCCCCCGCUACAGGACCCCCCCUCCCCGGGCCCUGCCACCCUGGAAUCAGAGGGUCCGCCACGCCUCGACGAACCACCAGCGUCAGCAAAGACCACUCCUAAGAUUCUGCUACGCCCCAGCCCAGAGGAGGAAGAGCUCUACGGGGCUAACACGGUGAUGGUGAGUUUCCAGAAGGGGGACAGUGUGGGUCUGAGGCUGGCGGGGGGCAACGAUGUGGGCAUCUUCAUCGCUGGCAUCCAGGAGGGCAGUCCUGCCGAGGAGGAGGGCCUACGCACUGGAGACCAGAUCAUAAAGGUGAAUAAGGUAGAGUUCCGAGGCAUAGUGAGAGAGGAGGCUGUUCUCUGUCUGCUGGAGAUUCCUAAAGGAGAGGAUGUCACCAUACUGGCCCAGAGUAAACCUGAUGUCUACAAUGACAUCCUGGUGUCGGGUCGUGGGGACUCCUUCUUUAUCAGGACUCAUUUUGAGUAUGAGCGGGAGGCCCCCCAGAGCCUGGCUUUCUCCAGAGGGGAGAUCUUUAAGGUGGUGGACACCCUCUACGACGGCAAGCUGGGCAACUGGCUGGCCAUCCGCACCGGCAAGGACAAACAGCUGCUAGAGAAGGGCAUCAUCCCCAACAAGAGCAGGGCUGACCAGAUGGCGAGCGUCCAGAACUCCCAUAAGGCCGCUGGGACGGACCGGGCUGACUUCUGGCGUCUGAGGGGUCAAAGGGCAGCCAAGAGAAAGGAGCUGAGGAAGAGCAGAGAGGACGUCAGCGCUACGCCCGUCGCCACACGCUUCCCCGCGUACGAGAGAGUCGUGCUCCGAGAGGCUGGUUUCAGACGUCCUGUGGUUCUGUUUGGACCUAUAGCUGAUGCAGCCAACGACAAGCUUGCUAACGAGCUGCCUGACCUGUUCAUCAUUGCCAAAACGGAGCCUAAAGAUGCCGGUUCAGAGAAAUCCUCAGGAGUAGUGAGACUCAACACCAUCCGCCAGAUCAUCGAGCAGGUUUCUACUAUUGAGUUGAACUCGGUCAACGAUGCGUGGUACGGCAGUGUCAAGGACUCGAUCAGAGAGCAGCAGACUCAGGCUGUCUGGGUGUCUGAGGGAAGCUCGCUGGACGGCACGGGGACGGACCUUGAUCUCCAUGACGACCGCAUGUCCUACCUGUCAGCCAUGUCGGCCGACUACCUGAGCAUGGACAGCCGACUGGCCAGUGACUACGAUGACACGGCGGACGAGGGCGGGGCUUAUACGGAUAACGAGCUGGACAAUGAACCGGCCAAUCAACUGCCGGUGUCGGCUAUCAGCCGCUCUUCUGAGCCCGUACUGGCAGAGGAGAUACUGCGCAGGUGCAGUCCAGAUAUCCGUGGUGGCAUCAGGAGGGUGGGCAGCAGGGAGGUGCUCAGCAGUGCCAGCCCAACGCAUGUGUUUGUACCUGACCCCCCCAAGGUAAAGCUGUUGUUCAGGGAUGAGGCAGUCCCUCCCAGGGGGGUAGUAGGGGCGUACGACCCACCCCCCAGCCGUGGCUACGACUCCCACUCCUCCAGCCCUGCCAGCAACGACCCCCCUCCUCUCCCUCGCUCCCUCAACUCCUUCGGCAAGGCCAAGCCCCUGGCACUGCAGCCCCCCGUCACCCUCAAACCCUCCUAUAAUAUCCAGGACACCACCAGCAGCACAGCCCCAGUCACAGUGGCCCCUAUGGGCCCGGAGGAACCAGAGGAGAACCCUGAGGACCCCAGCCUCAGGUCAUUCCUGGGGAAGGUCAAGGCCUUCGAGAAGAUGGACCACUUUGCACGCGCUCAGAGGAUGCUGGAGCUGCAGGAGGCACAGAACGCCAGGUUGGAGAUAGCUCAGAAGCACCCAGAUAUCUAUGCUGUCCCCCUGAAGACCCAGAAACUGGACCACAGCCGGCCUCAGCCUAUAGGUUCCAGCUCGCAUCCUGAGCCCCAGACCCCUCCCUCCAAGCUACCGUACUCUGAGAGUCGUGGGUUCUACCUCAGCGAUGAGGAGGAAGGGUACCGACGCCAACUGGCUGAACACACCAAGAGAGGCUACUACCAGGUCAACAACCAGAAAUACCAGGACACUGAACUGUAGACUACAACCAGAAAUACCAGGACAUUGAACUGUGGACUACAACCAGAAAUACCAGGACACUGAACUGUAGACUACACCCCUACAACCAGAAAUACCAGGACACUGAACUGUAGACUACACCCCUACAACCAGAAAUACCAGGACACUGAACUGUAGACUACACCCCUACAACCAGAAAUACCAGGACACUGAACUGUAGACUACACCCCUACAGCCAGAAAUACCAGGACACUGAACUGUAGACUACACCCCUACAGCCAGAAAUACCAGGACACUGAACUGUAGACUACACCCCUACAGACAGAAAUACCAGGACACUGAACUGUAGACUACACCCCUACAGACAGAAAUACCAGGACACUGAACUGUAGACUACACCACCAACCAGAAAUACCAGGACACUGAACUGUAGAUUACACGAUCAACCAGAAGUACCAGGACACUGAACUGUAGACUACACCCCUACAACCAGAAACACCAGGACACUGAACUGUAGACUACACCACCAACCAGAAAUACCAGGACACUGAACUGUAGAUUACACGAUCAACCAGAAGUACCAGGACACUGAACUGUAGACUACACCCCUAGAACCAGAAAUACCAGGACACUGAACUGUAGACUACACCACCAACCAGAAAUACCAGUACACUGAAUUGUAGGCUACACCCUUACAACCAGAAAUACCAGGACACUGAACUGUAGAUUACACCAUCACCCACAGGUACCAGGACACUGAAUUGUAGACUACACCAUCAACCAGAAAUACCAGGACACUGAACUGUAGACUACACCCCUACAACCAUAAAUACCAGGACACUGAACUGGAGACUACACCAUCAACCAGAAAUACCAGGACACUGAACUCUAGACUAAACCACCUACCAGAAAUACCAGGACACUGAACUGUAGAAUACACCCCUACAACCAGAAAUUUCAGGACACUGAAUUGUAGACUACACCCCUACAACCAGAAAUACCAGGACACUGAACUGGAGACUACACCAUCAACCAGACAUUCCAGGACACUGAACUGUAGACUACACCCCUACAACCAGAAAUACCAGGACACUGAACUGUAGACUACACCCCUACAACCAGAAAUACCAGGACACUGAACUGUAGACUACACCCCUACAACCAGAAAUACCAGGACACUGAACUGGAGACUACACCAUCAACCAGACAUUCCAGGACACUGAACUGUAGACUACACCACCAACCAGAAAUAUUUUACCCCCUUUUUCUCCCCAAUUUUGGUCUUGUCUCAUCACUGCAACUCCCCAACGGGCUCGGGAGGCGAAGGUCGAGUCAUUCGUCCUCUGAAACAUGACCAGCCAAACCGCACUUCUUAACACCUUCUUGCUUAACCCGGAAGCCAGCCGCACCAAUGUGUGGAAACACAGUUCACCUGACGACCGAGGUCAGCCUGCAGGCCUACCGGCCCGCAACAAGGAGUCGCUAGAGCCCAAAGCCUCCCCUAACCCGGACGACGCUGGGCCAAUUCUGCGCCGCCCUAUGGGACUCCUGAUCACGGCCAGUUGUGAUACAGCCCGGGAUCGAACCCAGGGCUGUAGUUACGCCUCUAGCACUGCGAUGCAGUGCCUUAGACCACUAUGCCUCUCGGGAGUCCAAAGUGUAGCACUAUUAUGCAUCCUACCACCCUACCACACUUCCCUAUACAAAUCCUAGUACACUAAACUGUAGUGCCCCUCCUUUCCUGGACCCCCAACCACCUCUUACCACCCUAUAGUUCUAACACACCGGGCUGGUUGACAGAGACAGACACACACACACUGCUGAGCCCUGCUCUGAUCGAUCUAUCUCAGCUCAGCGUGCACACACACACACAUGCACACACAAACACACUUACCAUUCCACUGGGGCUCCGCCCCCCUGACCCUGCACCAAUCCGCUGCUGACUUGGAAGCCGUCCCGCUUUAAAGUUUUUCUUAAAAACGCUUUUUUGCUUCAACUUAGUAAAUGGAUCUGUCCUCACAGUUUUUAUUAUUAUUAUUAUUAUUAUAAUCCUAUUUCUAUUCUAUUUGCUUGUUUGAUUGAGUUGUUACAGACUGUUAUUUUGUUACACUGUUCUGUACUGUUAUUAGGGUUGUGACAUGUUUAAUCAGGAGCCGUGUUAUUUCUGGCCUAUGCAACUCCUUCAGUUUGUACCGCAGAGACAACUCAAACCUCUUGCCACGAGUCCCUCUCCUCACUCUGCCAGAACCUUAAACCUUAACAAGUGUUCCAAGCUGUGGCUUUUUCUCCUCCUCACUUUUUUCUCUUUGUACUAUUAUCCAAUAUAAUCAGCUGCCUCUAAACUAUUUUAAAAGGUCACCUACUGUAUAUUGUUAUGUCUAGUGUUUAUACUCCUAUCUUGGCAUUCCUUCCUAUAUCAUCAUGCGUCUGUGUAUACAUACAGUAUAUAUUAUUUCUCUCUCUCGUUCUAUAUAUAUGUAUAUGUGUGUAUAUUUAUAUAUAUGUAUGUGUAUAUAUAUAUAUAUAUAGAAAGAGAGAGAGAGCGCAAUCGUAAGAUAGAUAUAUAUAUAUUUAGAGAGAGAAAUAUAAUAUAUAAUACACUGGAAUUUGUUUUACGAUUUUUUGAAGUGCCUUUUACUUUCUGAUUAACAUGAGGUUUGGGGACGUCGGUGUGCCCCAGUCCCAGCCCAUGUCCCUGUCCUUGUCCCCUGGACCCCACUACUCAGCUGCUCUCAAGCUUUUAUGGAAAACAGGGCACAAGAGACACCAACACUUUAAUUCUGUCCCUACUGUACUGGCUGUACCUCCGUCCCUCUGUCCCUUCCUCCACAACGACACCCUCUGUGACCAGUCCUGCCCUGUAUGUCUCCCAGAGAUAUGGCCAUGAUGUGGUCGACAUUCAAUCAAAACCGCUUUCCGUGUUUCCUGGUUAAGAUGACGAUAACAUUCCUCAAGCAUGUUUGGACAUUGACAUAAUGUUCACUGUGUCUUUCACAAGAGUAAGGUGCUAUUUGUCUUACCCGAAAGAACAUGAAGCACGGUUUUGAUUGAAUAGCACCCCAGAUCAGGGUGGUUCAGGGUGGAGGAGUGUGAUUGGUUGAUAUGUGUCAGUCAUUUCUGUGUUGGAGCAGACUCCUUUAUGGUCUCAGCUCCCCUGUCCAGAGGUUUCUACUUGUUAUUACAUGCUUGAUUGUAUCUCAGUUCACACUAUACAUCCACCAAUGGAGAGAGAGAGAGAAAGAGAGUGAGAGAGAGAGAGAGAAAGAGAGAGAAAGAGGGAGAGAGAGAGAGAUCUGCCGUGGCUUUUCACCUUACAACACCAAAUAAAAUUAACAGUCUUUCACUGACCAAGUG